AAAAAAAAAAAAAAAGGUAAACUGCGUAAUAGUGUUCUGUUUGUUUUCCAUAGAACUGUUUGUUGGUUCAACCAUUCCUAAACCCUUUUGAUCUCCUAGCCAGGUCUCCGAUCUCAACAGAUUCAAAAGUUUAUUUACUCGAACAACUCAAUCAGUAAAAAUGUUCCAUCUAAAGGAAAGAAAAGAAACUGAGUCUACUCGCCCAACAGUGAUUGAUGCGGAGACAGAUAUAAUUAGCGACUUACCGGUUCAUAUGAUUGGCGAGAUUCUUUCUUACUUGUCAAUUAGGGAAGCAGUUCGAACAAGUGUUUUAUCUAAAAGAUGGAGGAACAAUUGGCACACACUACCAAAUCUUGUGUUUGAUUUUCAAUGUCUCCCUGCUGUAGCAUCCCAACACCCUAUAGUUUUUUGUAAGUAUUUGAUUGCAGAUGAUGUGCCAAUAAAGCUUUCUACACCUUGUAUCAAUCUAAGAUCUCUUACCUUAUUCAUAAACUUUGAUGACCUUAACCAAAUUUUGGCUGCUCUUUGCUUGCUCAGAAGCUCACCUAAUCUUCAGACACUAGAAAUAUUUGCAACGAUGAAGGAACAAACUGCACUUUUGACGGCCGGUUCUUUUUGUUGGGGAGAUAUCUUUUCAGUGCCAGCCACGCCCCUUAGUAUGCAACAUGUGACAAUAAACUUCAUCUCUGGUUUCAAAUCUGAAAUAUAUUUUAUCAGAUUUCUACUUCAAUAUUCACAUGUGUUGGAAAAGAUGAUUGUGAAGCCUCUUGUAAACGUUAGACCGGGGUUGGUGAGAGGACUAGUUCGAUUCCGGAGAGGAUCGCCAAAAGCCGGAGUUUUUUACAUUGACCAAGACCAGAGUUGAUGAGAGGACUAUUUCGAUUCCGGAGAGGAUCGCCAAAAGCCGGAGUUUUUUACAUUGACGAAUAGGGGUGUGCAUGGUUCUAAAACCAAAUCAAAUUGAACCAAAUAUAUAGUUCAAUUUGGUCCUUAAAACCACUUUAAUGAAA